UUGUUGUUAUUUUUACCACGCUCCUUCUUGCUACUUUCGGUUUUCACUACAAAAAAUUUUAACCGUGAGCUGCACUGUCACACGCCCUUGAUCUGUUGUUAACUGUGUUGAUGAUCAGCGCUGAGAGGAUCCGAAGAGAACAAUGCUUGACCUUCUGUUCUACGUCUUCCUGGGAGUUGUGGUCCUAUAUGCUGUAUUGUUUAUCCUUAUUGUGGCGGGAGAUUGUGACCUCUACCUGCAGUUUGCUGCAAAAUUUGGAAAGAAACCAAGUACUCUGAAAGGAAAAGUUGUAUGGAUUACCGGAGCUUCUAGCGGUAUUGGAGAAUAUUUGGCAUAUGAGCUUGCCAAAGCUGGAUGUAAACUGUGUUUGUCAGCUCGUAGGGAACAGGAGCUCAUUCGAGUCAAGAAGGAGUGUUUAUUAUAUGGAAAAGUCAAUGAAAAUGAUAUUUUGGUGUUACCUCUUGAUGUGAUAAAGAUGGAGACUCAUUCAUCAGCCACUCAACAUGUAUUAGAAUAUUUCAACAAGAUUGAUAUACUGGUAAACAAUGCUGGUCGCUCCCAGAGAGCUCUCUUUGAGGAGACAUCAGUAGAUGUGGACAGGGAAGUUUUAGAACUGAAUGUUUUAGGAGUUCUCUCCCUUACUAAGCAGGUGCUUCCUCACAUGCUAGAGAGGAAAGAGGGGCAUAUUGUAGUUAUGAGCAGUAUCGCAGGAAAAGUCAGUGCUCCCAUAUCUGCAUCCUACACAGGGAGUAAACAUGCAAUACAGGGCUGGUUUUCUUGUCUGGCUGUGGAGACCUUUGACAGAAAUAUAGCAGUGACCCUCCUCUGUCCCGGUCCAGUGUUCUCCAACAUUCUGGAUACAGCUUUUACUGGGAAACCUGGAGAGGAAUUCAAAGGGAAAAUGAAUUCUUCUGAAAAAAGAAUGUCUACCACUCGUUGUGCAGAGUUAUGUGCCCUUGCCAUUGCUAACCGUCUGGAUGAAGCAUGGAUUGCUCUUAAUCCCGUGCUUCUGUUCACAUAUACUUACCAGUACUUCCCAAAUCUAGCUAGAGUUUUAGGCAAACGAAUGGGACUGAAAAUGUUAAGUAAGAUACGUGAAGGAAACUUAUGAAUUUGAAGUUGGAUUCACUGACAGAUGAAACAAACCAGAGACAUAAGAACCUUCUUCAGCAGCGUGUUUACCACUUAUAAAAAUGUUUGGCAGACCCACCUAUAAAUUCUUAAUAUGUAUUUCUCGGUGAACAAACUUUUCCAGGGAUAUAUAUUUACAGACAAUCACUUCAAUAUGCAUAUACAAUUGUUAAUGAUAGUCUGUUUACAAAGUUUGUGCAAUAAAUUUAUUAAAUUGAUA